CGGGGCUUUAAGCGUCAGCGAGAGAGAAAGACGCGAGAGGCCCGACCCAAGUUACGCGUAAACAAACCGACACAUGUGACGGGCGAGUGAGCUAGAGGCGAAUGCGAAGGAGCUGCGAUCCACCUGCGUGCCGUCGUCUCCUCCUCUCUCGGGUCGCAUUGACAUGGACGUGAAUAUCGCGUCGCGACGUGCAGCGAUUGACACCUAAUCGGAUCGUCGACUCCGCGUUCUCCACCCCGUGUCUCUCCUCGUCCGCUCGUUGUCCUGGGCAUUUAACCAAUAUGUCAGACGUGAAGAGCCUCGAACAUCCCACGCUGAAGGUUCCGUACGAGCUUCUGAACAAGAAGUUCCGCUCCGCCCAGAAGACCCUCGACAGAGAAGUGUCGCAUGUCCAGGCGGUGUCCAAUGAACUCGAGAAGAGCCUGAAGACCGACGGGUCUUACGUGGCGACCGGAGAAAUCAGCAAGUUGCUCGGCGGCGUGGUCGCCAGGCUCCAAGUCCUAAAACGCAAGGCUCAGGAAUCCAUAGCGGAGGAGCUGCAGGCGGGCAUGGUGUGCAAGAGAAGACUGGAUCACUUGAAGGAUCACGCCAACACCUCCCCGAGCGCCGUGAACCAGUGGAGAAGACAGAGAUUAGACAGAAUGCUAGUGGAAUAUUUUCUCCGCAAGGGAUAUUAUAAAACGGCGACUAAACUGGCGGACAGCAGCGAGCUCAGGGAUCUGACGAAUAUCGAUGUAUUUAUGGUAUCGAGAGAAGUGGAGAAAUCUUUGGCCAACCACGAGACUACGAGGUGCAUCGGCUGGUGCCAUGACAAUCGCUCGAAAUUACGAAAACUAGGCAGUACUAUGGAGUUCAAUUUGCGCGUGCAAGAGUUCAUUGAAUUAGUGCGAGCAGACAGACGGCUCGAUGCGGUGAAGCACGCUCGCAAGUACUUCGCCAACUACGACGAUUAUCAGCUGCAGGAGAUUCAGUGCUGCAUGGGUCAGUUAGCCUUCCCGGCUCAUGCAUACUUGAGUCCCUACAAAGAUCUACUGGAUGAAAAGAGAUGGGAUAAGCUGAUUGAGACGUUCCGGCAAGAAAACUACAGACUAUUUCAGUUGGCGAGCCAGAGCGUAUUCACGGUAGCUCUGCAAGCUGGCCUGUCGGCUCUAAAGACUCCCCAAUGUUACAGCGCCAAUAAGGAGGGCCGAAAUCCCAGCUGUCCAGUUUGCAACGAAGCUUUGAAUGAAUUAGCCGCACCGUUGCCUUUUGCUCACUGUUCGCAAUCACGACUGGUUUGCAGUAUAAGCGGGAAACCACUAAAUGAAUAUAAUCAGCCCAUGAUGAUGCCGAAUGGAUAUGUAUAUGGUGAACAAGCAUUGGAGAAGAUGGCCCAAGAGAAUAAUGGCACAGUGAUCUGCCCAAAGACCAAAGAAGUAUUCCCGUAUAAAAAGAUCGAAAAAGUUUACGUAAUGUAAACUUUCAUUAUUGACACAAAGUAUAUAUAUACGUUGUACUAUAUGCUUAACGCUUACGGCCCUCUUCUUGCUCCAAUCUGUCUGUUAUUUAAUAUUAAUUGUAUACUACUAAUAUUACUGGAAGAAAAUAACAUUUAUUUUUAAGGAAAACUGGAUCGACUUAUUCACGUGUAUCCUGUAUACAAAAAAUAUGCAAUGUAAAGGAAUAUUACUACAAUUUGUUAUACGGAAAUAUUAACUGAUUAUUUGUUAACGGGGAUAAGUUAGUCCUUAUUCAUUUAUUUAACGUUCUUUCUACAGUUGAAUGGUUCAAACUGUUUCCAUAAAUCUACUUAUUCAUAAAACGCAACCAUGAAUUUCUUAUCUUACAAGGUCUUUUAUAUAUCCAGGGUAUGUCAGAGUUUGCAUUUUCAAUCGGGAAGUAAAAGAAAUCGAUUUUCCAGGUGCUGAAUAAAACGACACUAAAAUGAUACACAAAUGUAAUAUUAAAAAUAUUAAAAUUUAAGUAAAUUAUAAGAAUAUGAGAAUUUGAUCUAAUUCUGUAAAGUGAACUUCUCUUUUCCAAAAAGUAAAUUUUGAAAAAGUUUUCAACGAUAUUUGAGAAAUAAUUUCAAAUAUCUUUAUGUAUUUAUGAUCGAGAGAUUUGCAAUUUUUUAAUCCUGGAUAUUUAUAAUUAAUAUAUUAGGCAUACAUUCCAACAUAAAAAUGAUAGAGUUCCCGAUAAAACGGUGACAAUGUGUAUGAAUCAACCUUAUAACUUAUGUUAUUAAAGAUGCUCGUACCAUUUUUAUGUGGAAAUGCAUGCAUAUUUAAAUCUUAUAUAUAAUGUGUAAUACUAAUGCGUGAAUAUUUUGACUAAAGAUUGCUUAAAGUCUAAACGGUAUGAUAUGCGCGAAACAAUCCGUCGAAUGAAAUUUAUUCGUGUGACUGAGAAUCCACAUAUAAAAAUAUUUUAUCUACUCUAUCAAUUUCUUUUUCCUUUUCUCUCUUCCUUAAAUUCAAUGAGUUUUCCGAUUUUAUUGGAUUAUUUAUCAAAUUCCCUUGAUCAUUUAUUGUCUGUUGUUUUAUAUGGAGGAUUGUCCUUGUAGGAAUUCAGAAUGCGUUUUAGAAUUACCAUUUUCAUCAGUCUAAUAGGAUAACGAUCGAGGUAAGAAAUUCCAUUAUUUUUUUUCUUAAUAAAGCAAUGAGUAAAAACACAUUUCAAUUGCAACGCAGUGAUUUUAUGAGACUAUUUAUCACUUUAUCUCAUCUCUUUCUCCCACUAUCAUUACUGAUAGGCUUCAUGGUAGCAGUUUUGUUGGCAUUUUACCAUUUACAUGUACUUUUCUAUUGCUUUUAUAUCCUAUCUAUGUUCAAUCUCUUGAAACUUUUCAUUGCUGUACGUUGCAAUAAAUUUAUUAUUAUUAUUAUUGUAUUUCCUGAAGAUGAUUUUUAUAUACAUAUAAUUCUACAUAUAAUCUAUUAAAUCAAUUAAAUAGAUUAGUUAAAUAGGAUUGCAUAUCCGUGCAAUUUAAGUUUUGUUAAAUUCUUAGAACCACUGCAUCACAAAUGAAAACGUCCUUUUGUCCUUUUCAAGUGCGUUUUGCAACUUGUUACGUUUAUCGAUUUGUAAAUCGAAAACGGAUGAAAGAUGACGAAUUGAUUAUCGUUAUGCACAGUACGAUGAUAGAUAAUAGAUGCGUUAUAGAGCUUAUACUUUAGCGCAAUUGAAAAUGCAUGUGUAAAUGCGAUCGAAUAAAAUUCUCACACCUGCUGAAUAUAUCCCACAUCUUACACAGAGUGUUCCUAAAGUAUUUGGAUAUAUUAUAUUCUAUAAUAUUGUGCGAAUUUAAUAGUUGUUAUCAGUACAGAGUAGAAUAAUUAAUAAAUAGCAUCUGAUAAAAUCAGUGGAAUAGAAUUUGGUAAAAUUUAGUCAAACAUUUUAGGAACAUCUUGUUUGUAUCGUAACGGAGUAUAACAUUUGGAUGAAAGUCUUGUACAAAAAUACAAAAUUAAAAACAUGUAUGAAAAUGUAUCCUGUUAUACUACAUUAUAUCAACUAAAGUUAGUUAAUGUAAUGUAAUAUAAAUAUUACAUAUACUGUUAUAUAUAAUAUAUAAAAUUGCUGUGAGAAAAUUUCAGUCGGAAUAAACAAUGGAUUGUUAUAAA